UCUCCUCCGCCCUUCCCCUGCCCUCCCGUUCCAUCAUAAUUCCCGGCAGCUUGCCCCCCUCGGUCAAUUUUAUUAUCAUAAUAUUAUACUGUCCCUGUCGCUGUUAUCAUACCUAGCCCGCAGCACUCUCUCUUCCGUCACCGCUUUUCCUUUCCAGAGCACAUUUAACAGAGCAGGAGACGGAGAGAACGACAUCAAGUUAUCCUCCACCAACCACACACAUUUUCCCACACACCUUCUCUCGACCUCCUAACUCUUUAAUAAUCCGGACCCUAGCUCUUUCGCGGGAAAAAGGGUAGCCUCGUUUGAUAAAGACGACGACACGAUCGAUAUACCGCGACGAGUACCUCGGGAGGUGAUUUCCAUAUAUUACAACCGCCAUGUCUGACAUACAAGACAGAAUCGCCGCUGCUAGAAGGGAGGCGGAAGGGCUGAAGGCGAAGAUAAAGAUAAAAAAGGAGGAAUUGGCAGAUGCGGAUUUGCGACAAGUCGCAAAGGAGACUCUUGAACCUCUACCACGCACUCAGAUGAAGGUACGGAAAACGCUCAAGGGUCAUUUGGCGAAGAUCUACGCUAUGCACUGGUCGACGGACCGGAGACAUCUGGUUUCAGCUUCGCAAGAUGGGAAGCUCAUUAUCUGGGAUGCAUAUACCACAAACAAGGUACAUGCUAUUCCGCUUCGCUCCUCAUGGGUUAUGACAUGUGCAUAUGCUCCGAGUGGUAAUUAUGUUGCUUGUGGUGGACUCGACAACAUUUGUUCUGUGUACAAUCUUUCCGCCAGGGAUGGUCCUACACGCGUUGCGCGCGAGCUUUCGGGUCACUCGGGCUAUUUAUCCUGCUGUAGAUUUAUCAAUGAUAGGAGGGUUCUCACUUCGUCGGGAGAUAUGACGUGUAUGCUGUGGGAUAUUGAUACGGGUGCCAAAAUUACCGAAUUUUCCGAUCAUCUCGGAGAUGUCAUGAGUCUCAGCAUCAAUCCGACAAAUCAGAACAUCUUUGUCUCUGGUGCUUGUGAUGCUUUCGCAAAGCUUUGGGACAUCCGCACUGGAAAGGCCGUUCAAACUUUUGCGGGGCACGAAUCGGAUAUCAAUGCUGUUCAGUUUUUCCCCGAUGGAAAUGCUUUUGGUACCGGUUCCGAUGACGCUACCUGUCGUUUAUUUGAUAUCCGUGCUGAUAGGGAGCUUAACACAUAUUCUUCCGAUCAAAUCCUUUGCGGAAUCACUUCAGUCGCAUUCUCUGUCUCUGGCCGUCUGCUCUUUGCUGGAUACGAUGACUUCGAAUGUAAAGUCUGGGAUGUGCUUCGUGGUGAACGUGUAGGGACUCUCACCGGGCAUGACAACCGUGUUAGUUGUCUUGGUGUUAGCAAUGACGGAAUUAGUUUGUGUACUGGGUCGUGGGAUUCAACUCUUAAGAUUUGGGCUUGGUAGUUGGCUCCAUAUUUGUGUGGUCGUCUCGAUAGUUUGGCUGUCACAGAUGCACAGAUGACAGAUAAGAAGGCCGGAUGGGGGAUCGUGCCGUUUAUGAGCCGAGUUAAUUUUUUCACUAUGCGGUUAGGUUCGCAUACUUCCAAAGCGUUACCAAACAUUCUGGAGAAUAAGGGGUUAGAUGGGUGGAGAAAAAAAUUACGCACAAUUUUUUUCUGCUUUUUCUUGCUUUUUUCUUUUUCCUUCCUCUCGAUGGUUAACUGUGGCAAAUUCGCAACCUCCUUCUCUCUUUCUUCUCUUUGCUUUAUUUUUUCACAUUUAUCUUCACUACCCUUGUAAGUUACCUUAUUUUACCUGCUUUUUUUCUUUCUCAAAUACCUCUUUGUUUGUCAGAAGUGCUGGUAUGGAAUGGCCUGAGAUGACUAUUUGCUAUUGAUAGUACCCCGAAUUUUUUUUUCGCUUCUUCUGCUCUCUGCGGCAGGCCGGGUUGGCUGUUUGAGUACCAGUAAUUCUUUUUAUCCUUCCUACUUACCACCUUUUUUCUUUCUUUAUUUCCUGCGAAUGU